AUGGCAACAAGUAGUGAUAUUACUGGCUCGAAAGAAACAAGCGGAUCGCUCAUUUCAUGUGACUUUGAAAUCUUUGGUACUGUUCAAGGUGUUUUCUUUCGUAAAUAUACUCAAAAACAAGCAACAAAACUAAAUCUAGUUGGAUGGGUGAAAAAUACGUCAAGUGGUACCGUAAAAGGCCACAUGGAAGGUCGGAAAGAUGAUAUUAAUGCAAUGAAAAACUGGCUUCGAACAACAGGAAGUCCAAGAUCCAAAAUUACUAAAGCUGAUUUUUCAAAUGAAAAACCAAUUACACAAUUAAAUGGAAAAUCAUUUGCUGUUAAUAACUGCGACGCCAAAACAAACGCAUAUGAAUUACGUAUUCAACAAAAAUAUGAUGAUGGAGUCGAUUUUACAAACCAAUCAGUUGAAAUUAAACCUGUUGAAUAUAUUCGUCGUUACACAUUAUAA